AAGAAGAAGAAGAAGAAGAAGAAGGGGAGAUGGCGCGAAGCUAAAGAAGUUUCUAUGAGCGACCGAGCCUUCUCAGACAGCUUUCGCUUUUAAUAAUCUUCUCUGACUUGAACGUAGCAGAUGUUAACCAGCCGUCAGAGUCUAAACUGCAGUCGGUCAGGAGACGGAGAUGCCUUCACUGGAGCUCAGCGGAGUGACCAUCAAUUUCCCCUUCACUCCCUACGAGUGUCAGAAAGACUACAUGAGCAAAGUGCUCGAAUGCCUGCUGAAGAAACAGAACGGGGUCCUGGAGAGUCCUACAGGAACCGGUAAAACUCUGUGUCUGCUGUGUGCCACUCUGGCAUGGAGGGAGCACAUGAGGGACUCAAUUUCUGCCCGCAAGAUAGAGGAGCUGAGAGGGGAAAAGAUGUCCCUGAACACACCGCAGGCUUCCUGGGGGGCAGCAGCUACUGACGGGGACAGGCCAGCCUAUUAUACAGAUAUUCCCAAGAUCAUAUACGCAUCCAGGACACAUUCUCAGCUCGCACAGGUUAUCAGUGAGUUAAAGAACUCUUCAUACAGGCCUAAGGUGUGUGUGCUGGGGUCGAGAGAGCAGCUGUGCAUCAACCAGGAAGUAAUGCGUCAAGAGAGCAACCACAUCAAGGUGCAUAUGUGCAGAAGAAAGGUCUCCACCCGAUCGUGUCUGUACUACAACAGUGUGGAAGAAAAGAGCACCGAUAGGGACUUAGUACAUUCUAUCCUUGAUGUGGAGGAUUUGGUCAAAUUUGGCAACAAACAAAGGGUCUGUCCGUACUAUCUCAGUCGCUCUCUGAAGCAACAAGCUGAUGUCAUUUUGAUGCCGUACAACUACCUGCUGGAUCCAACAAGCCGCCGGGCACACAAUAUUGAGCUGAAUGGAGCUGUGGUCAUUUUUGAUGAAGCUCACAAUGUGGAGAAGACAUGUGAAGAAUCAACAUCCUUUGACCUGACUCCAUAUGACCUUGCUUCUGCCAUCGCUGCUGUGGACCGGCUCCUGAUGGAGCAGGUCAAAGAAGUCAGCCAAGGAGGCUCUGUUACUGAAGACCAUAAUGUUGAGUCCCUCAACCCAGGUUUAAAAAUAAAUUUAGAAACGAUUGGUAAAAUCAAACAAAUACUUCUGGAUUUGGAAGCUGCCAUUGAUUCAUAUGAAGUUCCAGGUGACAAAGGCAUCACUAAACCAGGAAUCUUCAUCUAUGAGCUGCUGGAGCAAGCCCAUCUGACGUAUAAAACCAAGGCAGAUGUCCACGACGCUCUAGAACAGAUCAUUGGAUGCUUGACUGGACUGCCAGGAAUAUUCCUCAGUACGGCUGGACUGCAGAAGCUGGUUGAGAUUUUACAGCUGGUAUUCUGUGGGGAACCAUCAGGUGAGGGCAAACAAAAGCAGAUGGAGUUCAACACAGCCAAUUUUAAGGUUCACAUCCAUCGUGACAACAGCUACCAGAAAAAAAAACAGACCUCAGAUUUAUGGUCUGCCUCUUCAUCGAAAAAACAAGGGAACAUCCUGAGUUACUGGUGCUUCUCCCCAGGCUUCAGCAUGCAGGAUCUGGUAAAUCAAGGCGUUCGCUGCAUUAUUCUGACCAGCGGUACCCUCUCCCCCCUGACCUCCUUCACCUCUGAGCUGAAAAUAAAAUUUCCCGUGCUUCUUGAAAAUGGUCAUGUGAUUGAUCGGGACCAGAUCUUUGUGAGCGUUAUUGAUCGAGGCCCAGAUGGAGUUCAGCUAAGUUCAGCGUUUGAUCGGAGGUUUGAUCCUCAUAACAUGGCUUCUUUAGGAAACACUGUGGCCAACUUUAGUCGUGUGGUUCCUCAUGGCCUUUUAGUGUUUUUUCCUUCCUUUCCUUUGAUGGAAAAAACUCUGGAGUUUUGGAGAGCCAACGGACACACGGAUCGCAUUGAGACCAUGAAGCCCAUUUUUGUUGAACCCAAAGGGAAGGGAACUUUUAGAGAGGUUAUUGAUGGCUAUUACAACAAAGUGAAUGAUCCAGCGUCUAAAGGAGGAAGCUUCUUUGCUGUGUGUCGUGGGAAGGCUAGUGAGGGUUUGGAUUUUGCAGACAACUUUGGUCGGGGUGUCAUCAUCACCGGCUUGCCUUUUCCUCCUAAGUUGGACCCACGAGUCAUCCUGAAGAUGCAAUUUUUGGACGAAAUGAGGCAGAAAAAAGUUCCAGGAAUAAAACACUUGUCAGGUCAGGAGUGGUACAAACAGCAGGCCUUCAGAGCAGUGAACCAGGCCAUUGGCAGGGUUAUUCGCCACAAGGAGGACUAUGGAGCCAUCUUUCUGUGUGAUCAAAGGUUUAAGAGCCCUGAUGCCAGAGCACAGCUUCCAUCGUGGAUCAAGCCUUAUGUACGCCUUUAUGAUGGAUUUGGGAAUACUAUCCGUGAUGUGUCUCAGUUCUUCCGGGUUGCACAGAAGAUAAGGCCUUUCGUGGUCAAGACGCCUGCAGCAGUAAACUUUGCAAAAGAAUGCUCAACAGAAACUUCCAGUUUCGCCUCCUGCUCUUCCUCUGAAAGCUACCACAGCCAGAAGGCCAAGGCCCUGGAUGCACACCUUCCCAGCCUCAAGAGAAGAAAGCUAGAGGACCACAGCAGAUCUAGUGGAAUGGCAAAGAUCUGUAUCGAUUAUGAGUGUGCAGUGCAGGAGAGUCAGAAGAAACCAGCCAACCUCCUGGAUGCUCUAGAGAGAGGCGAUCGACACAGAGAAGACAACAGUAAUGAUGUUGGAGAGGAAAAGGCAAACCGCUUGACCACACUGUCCCUUCAGUAUGAGAAGAGAAUAGAGCAUGAACUGCGGGGAGUGAAGCGUAAAAUAAAGUUGAUUCAGCAACAGAAGGUUAGCGUCGCUGAGGAUAUUUCUGACGAGUGUAAAGCCAGCAGAGCGAAACAGUUCCUGGCAGACAUGAAGAAGUCUCUGAGCAAGAUGAGCUUUGUCCGCGUUGUUGAGGCUCUGCAAAGCUACAAGAAGACAGAUGACCUGAGUGUCCUGCUGACUGAGACGGCUGUUUUAGCUGAAGAUCCUAACGCUCACAGUCUGCUCCGAGGGUUCUACCAGUUUGUUCGUCCGCAUCACAAAAAGACGUUUGAUGAGAAAUGUCAGGAGCUGACUGGGCAUGGCUGUGGAUACAAACUGGAACACUCGUUGUCUAAGGAUAAGAAAGCUGUGAUUCUCCAGAGCGCUGUAGAGCAGCAGGCGCUUGGAGCUCUGAGCUCCAUGUCUAUGUGCAGCGAGCUUGACACCCAACAGCUCAACAAAGGAGGAUGCCACCUGAGCCAGCAGGGAUUAAAAGCAGCUCCAAUUGGUUCUGAUCAGAAGAAGGAAGUCCACUCUGCCUUCCUGGCUGAUGUGAAGAAAGCCCUCGGAGCUGAAAAAAACGCUCAGCUCUUUCAGGCCAUCCGCAGCUACAAGAACACCGAUGACUAUGACAACCUGGUGACCACUGUGGCUAGCUUAUUAACAGAGAGAGACGAGAACAUCCAUCUUCUCACCAGGUUUGCUGUGUUUGUUCGCCCUCACCAUAAGAAGCAGUACAAAGAGAUGUUGGAUGCUUUGAUGGACCAUCCACUGCCAACUGCUGAUGCUCCUGCUCUGAGUGAAGAGCAGCAGCGGACAGCUUCUAUCUCGCCUCCUCUGAAGACUCAAAGCAAGACUUCCAGUGUUUCUCCAGCAGCGACUAAAGGAACCAUAGGGGAAUCUGACCCUUAAAAUGAACUUGUGUUUUAGAUGAACCUGAAUCAUUUUUAUUUUACUGUUCAACUGCCUGGACAAGUUUUCCUCUGUGUGGAAAAUUAAAAAAAACAUUUAAAUUAAAUAGAGGAAGCGAUCUGUGAACUUCAAAGUAGAUAUUGCUGAAGCAAAUGUUUUCUGAAGUAAGAUUCAAGCUUUUCUCUGUUGUUCCUGACCUCGGGUUGUUGUUUUUUUGUCCCACAAUGCAGCAGGAUGUGUGCAGUAGACAGGGCUUUGGAUCAGGUUACUCCACCAAUCAGCCAACAUUUUGGUGAUUUCUUUGUUUGAGUCAGGUUAUGCCACAGAAAUAUUAUUUAACAGCAGUUCGGAUCCAGUGUAGUUUUACCUCUAACAUCAACUUAAAUAAAAAUGUCAAACUUGUCCUUUUAACUGGUGAAAUUUAAACAAAUAAAACAACUCAACUCCC